AUGACGGCAGUGGGAAGACCUGUGUUGGCAGGGAGUACAGCCUCCAGCACCGAAGCCGAAACAAGUCAGGUGCCCUAUGCAAGCAGUUUUCCCACUUCGAGCGCGGAUUAUGAAUCGUCUUCGCAAGACCGCGCUCUUCCCGACGAUGUGUUUGGGGCGGCACCAACGCCCGAGCGUAUGCUUUCGCUCGCUUUGGGCCAGCCAGAGCACUGGUCCUUGAGGGAGCGACCUACAGCUUCAGUAAGAAGCCAUGCACGUGGCACGUGUUUGCCUUGUGUAUUUUUCGUUGUCCACGGCCGUUGCCACUUUGGGGACAGAUGUGGCUGUUGCCACGAUGUCAGCCAUAGAAACCCUGCGACUCUGCAGCGUUUCCAGUUUGCUGCUUCUGAUGCAGUGCGGCAAGCAGUGAGAUCAGAUCCAGAGGGCAAGCCCAAGGGCAAUUCGAGUUCGGAGGGGCCGAGCCUGCGGCCACCAAUACCUAAAGCACAGUGGUUGCAUGCCGGAGAAGGAGCCCACUGGAGAUCCCUCGGCCUUAGCGACUGGUUGGAUGACAUCGACCAAGGAAAGGGGCUGCUCAACCAGUACCGGGCCCGCUUGCUGGCGCAUUUCGACAGCUUGGAGCAGAUACUUGGUCUGUACAUGGUUCGACGAUCAGACGGACACUGGACGCUAGACCAGCUCUUCUUUCAUGACCUCAAGAUUGACAAAGUAGGGCACCGGCGCCUCUUCGAAAAGUGGUUUAAAAAUCGUUGCUUGGACGGCAGUCGGAAAAGACAUCGAAACGUAGCAUGCAUAGAAUAG